CUGUACCAAAUAUACUCCAAUGUACCUGAUAAGAAGCUUGAUUCACUUCAAAAAUAUAUUAAUAAAGAAAUAACAUUCGGCAUAAUUCAAACACUCAAAAAUAGGCGCCCAUUUUAUUAGGCUUAUGCAUUUACUUCAUACUCUUAAAAAGUUACAAAAUAUUUUAUGAGUCGAUAUGGCGACAAUUACAGCUGCAUCAAUAGUGGAUAUUAUUAUGAUAGAAACUGAGGAAAUAGUUUCUGAUAUAAGUACAGGAACUUGAUUGUGAUAAAUUUUAAAUAUCAUAAGUUGCUUCGAGCAGUAGCAUUCUGAUAGAUGAUACCGAAUACAGUUAAUCUUUAUUUGGAUUGAAUGAACUAUGGAAAUCCAGUGAAUGCUAAAUGGACUUAGAGAAGAAAGUGAAAGAGAACUGGGUGGUAGCAUUCUCAUGCUGUUUCAUCAAUUUUCUUCUUUAUGGAGUGGCCAGAUUGUCUGGUAUGAUGAUGGUAGCUGUCUCGGAGGCUUUUCAGACGAACAGAGCCAGUGCAUCCCUACCCUUCAGUGUCAGCACUUCCGUCAGAAAUUUAUCUGGUUUCUUUGUUGGGUACAUGGGUCAACGCUUUGGUCUACGCCCAACAAUUGCUAUGGGCUGUGGUCUUUCUUCUCUUGGAGCUGCCCUCUGCUUAUUUGUCACUGAUAUUCGUUGGAUGGUUGUUUGUUGGGGUGGAAUAUUCGGAAUAGGGUUCGGAUUAGCCACUUGCCUUUUACCCCUGGCCAUCAAUCAAAGUUUCAGUCGAUACAGAGGUAUUGCUUCUGGAAUCUCCUAUUCCGGAUCCUACAUAGGUUCCUUCGUAUUUCCCUCCUUGGUUGUGGCGCUUCUCAACGAAUAUGGAAUCUCUGGAGCUCUACUCGUCAUUUCUGGAACAUUCCUAAAUGGCUGUGCAGUGGCUUUUUUACUUCGCGAACCGACCAAAAAAACCUUCAGCAUUCCUGGAAAAGAGAAUACAAAUAAAUUAUAUAUUCAGCUAUGGCGAAAAAUGAAGUGUUUAUUCCGCGCUCUAAAAAAGCAAAAAUUUGAAAUAAUCUCAAAUUAUUCAUCCAUUUAUUGCAUUUCUCCUCGACCUGUAAAUAUUCUAAUGCGUGAUGAUUCAGCAAUAAAUAACAAAUCUUGCUGCGAGCUUAUAUCUUACAAAAACUCAUCUACCAAGCAAAUAAGUAAAAGCUACUUUUUGGAUUGUAAUCGAUACCCACGCUGCUCCAGUAACAAGAGCAUAUGGUAUUAUUUCCAAACGCGAAUGAAAAAAGCGAAAUACAAACGAAAAAUAACGAGAAUUAAGUUUUCACUUGCCACUGCCAUCACUAAAAAACGAUUUUCAUUUCAUAAACAAUUGUUCCAUUUUCCUAUCGAGGAUGCCAAGUUGGUUUCGUUCAAAAUACGAAAACUUUCUCUCGUCUGCGUGAAAGUGAGAGCGAACAAGUUUACCGAAACGAGAAAUGAUUCCAAUUUACACAAUCAUCCCUCGAACUCGGCUCACCCACAAUUUAGUAAAAUUGUUCAUGCUGAUGAAUGUUCGUCAGAACGCAAACAUUUUUCUCACCGUAUCGACAUUGAACCGUUCUUUUCGAAGGAAGAAAAGAACAAACAUUUCGAGGUUGCAACUGACGAGACUCAAUGCUUGUCGAAAGGCGAUGACAAGUUAACAGAUAUUGAACCCGAGUACUCCAAGGAGAGGACGCGUUCCCUUUUAAAGGACACUGGCAGGUGCCUAUUCGGAUGGUCUCGCUUGUAUGCUGAUCCCAUGUUCGUGCUGAUCGCCGUCACAAUGUCACUCCACACGUUCGUGGUGGUGUGCAUGAUAACCAUUAUCGAAGAUUUCGCGAAGGACGUUGGAAUCCCUGAAUGUCAAGUUCACUAUGUCCUCAUGGUCUUAUCCAUAGCUGACCUUAUCGGAUCCUUGACACUGGGACUCAUCACUGACAGAGGAUUCUUAUCCAGUUAUAACUUCAUCAUCCUCUGCUUUUUUGGACAGUUCUGCAGCCAGAUAUGCAUAUCGUAUUGCAGAAGAUUCCAAACCCUUCUCUCUGUAGUGGCCGUGUGCGGGAUCUUUGAAUCUGGCAUCAUCAUCACUUUCCCUCUCCUCAUUGCUCACUUCAUACCAAAGAAGAAACAAGCAGUUGCUGUAGCAUCCAGCAACAUACUCUCGUCCCCAACUGUUCUUCUCGUGCCCCUCAUCAUUGGAUACUUUCGAGACAUGAAGGGUUGCUAUUCUGGUGCCUUCUACAGCCUAGGCCUGACCUCCCUCAGUUGUUGUUGUGCAUGGCUCCUUGCCAGUUGCACUUUCAUCAAAUAUAAAAGUGUGACGAAAAAUUGUAAAUAAUGUAUAAAUAAUGUUGUAAAUAUUGAAAAA